AUGGCAUUCAAUCCUGGAGUUUACGAAGCCGUCAACAAAUUAAUGGCGAUUCCGAAGCCAAAAUAUCCCCACAAGUACAAAAAUGUGGAACUUCAUGUUAAACUGAAGAAUUACACUCCGGAUAAGCACGCUUACUUCCAUGGCUCGAUUCGCCUAAACCACCCGAUCCAUACCAAAUGUAAUGUGUGCGUUCUUGGCGAUGAGUUGCACUGCGCUGAGGCCAUCGAAAAUGGCUUACAUUGCAUUAAAGCAAACACCAUAUUCAAACCCAGGAAGACCUUCGAAUACUAUAUGAAGAAAAUAAUCAUGACCUAUGAUGCAUUUCUGAUAUCGGAUAGUCUAUGCGCUCAAAUGCCAAGCAAAAUGGCGCUCCAUUUUUUCAGGGCUAACAAAAUCCCCCAGCAGUUGAGCCACGAUAAACCAAUGAAGCAAAAAAUCGAGGAAUUGAAAUAUACCAUAGAUUUCAAGUUGAUCGACUCACGCAAACUGUGCUUUGUGAUUGGCAACCUUCGCUUGACUCCAGAAGAGCUCAACGACAACAUCAUCACUGCGAUUCGUUUCUUAGUGCCACUGCUCAAAGAUAAAUGGAACAAUGUCAAAAACGUCUAUAUCAAGACCCCAAAGGGAGAACCGCAUUUGGUCUUCUAA